GAUGCGGCAGAGGGGAGAGAAGCUGCUUCGAUCAAAACACAUGGAAUAUUGAUCCGAGUGCUUGACUCCCGUUUUCUGCCAGUCCCAACUCAUCUCUCGCAAGCCUUAUCCAACUUGCUCAAACCAGUCACCACUCGUUAAGCUCAAGCUCAGCUAUGGCACCAAACAGCAAAGAACAAUUGCUGCAAAUCUUCCGGCCUCAUCAAUUCGCAGCCAACGAGGAAUACAUCGACCUCUUUCACGUCUACGACAACCUAUCUCAAACGCCUUUCAAGCUAGGUAUCGGCAUCCAAUGCAAAGAUGACAACGACUAUGUAAUGAAUGCAUGGAAUGUCAUCACCCCACUCACAAUGGGGCAACAUUUGAAUUGGUGGAAUCGCAAAGCUACACAAUUCGUGUCUCUUUACAGCGACCCGGUAGCCGCACAACGUGAGCAAGCAAGGCGAAGGAACCAACCUUUUGUGCCGGGCGUCGGGUCACGAAACGUUCAUUCUGUUCGCAUUGCACAUGUGCGCAUUCCUCCAGGUACGGGAGUUUGGUUCUUCUCGCGAUCCGAGAUGUUGGAGAUGAUGGCAACUUUCGGCGACGGAGCAAGGCAUGAGAUGUUUACAACGUCUGCUCCUAGUGAGUGGUUCGUAUGGGGACGGGUGCCGGAAGAGUUCAUUGUGAAUCGGAGGGCGCUUUAAGUGAUUGGGAAUGAAAUAGUCAUACUACGUAAAUGUCGUGCACGGUUUUUGUCGUGUGGUAUAGUUGCGGGACCUGAACUGCCACGGUGGGCUGCCACGUCGGAGGGAAUGUUGUCUGGAUCAAGCACAACUGCGUCACUCAAAAGCGAUGCUAACGAGUUUGAUGAGUACGGCCAAGAACAUAA